CCCGCGAGGGGCCAGGUGAGGGCUGAGGACGGCUGAAAAGGCCCAGGCUGCGCGGGGAAGUGAGACCCAAGGGCGCGGAGAGUGAGUCGUUGGACAAAAGAGAAACCGGACGGGGUGUGGUGCGUCCUCUCCGUCUCCUCUGAUUCCAGACCCAGCAGCAUGGACAGUCUUUCUGAAGCAAACGGCACCUUCGCCAUCCGUGUUCUCAAGAUGCUUUGUCGGGACAACCCCUUGCACAAUGUGGUGUGUUCUCCUCUGAGCAUCUCCUCGGCGCUGGCUGUGGUCCUGCUGGGGGCCAAGGGAGACACUGCAGUCCAGCUGGCUCAGGCACUUUCUUUAAACACAGAGAAAGACAUUCAUCAAGGCUUCCAGUCACUUCUCACUGAACUGAACGAGUGUGGCGCCCAGUACCAGCUUAGAAUGGCCAACAGACUCUUUGGAGAGAACACUUGUAAAUUUCUUCAAACAUUUAAGGACCCCUGUCUUCAGUUCUACCACACGGAGCUGGAGCAGCUGUCCUUCGCCAAAGCUGCCGAGAAGUGCAGGGAACAUAUAAACACGUGGAUCUCCAAACAGACUGAAGGCAAAAUUCAAGAGCUGUUGGCAAGUAAUUCAAUUAAUGCCCACACCAAGUUGGUUCUUGUCAAUGCCGUAUACUUCAAAGGAAGGUGGGAUGAACAGUUUGAUAAAACAUGCACAAGUGAAAUGCCUUUUAAAGUGAACCAGGCGGAGCAGAGGCCGGUGCAGAUGAUGUGCCAGGAAGCCACGUUCAACAUCGCCUAUGUGAGUGAGGUGCAGUCUCAGGUGCUGGAGCUGCCCUACGCCGGCGGGGCGCUGAGCAUGCUGCUGCUGCUGCCGGCCGCCGGCGUGGACCUCAGCACGGUGGAAAGCCAUCUCACAUUCGAGAAGUUAACAGCCUGGACCAAACCAGACUUCAUGAAGCACACUGACACUGAAGUUUUCCUUCCAAGAUUUAAGCUGCAAGAGGAUUGUGAUGUGGAGUCGGUGCUUCAGCGUUUGGGGAUGGUGGAUGCCUUCCAGGAGGGCAAGGCUGACUUGUCAGCUAUGUCGCCUGACAGAGGCCUCUGCCUGUCCAAGUUUGUGCACAAGGGAGUGGUGGAGGUGAACGAAGAAGGCACUGAGGCCACAGCUGCGUCUUUAGCCACCGUGGUCCCAGAAUGCUGCAUGGGCUCUUGCACGCAGUUCUGUGCUGACCACCCCUUCCUUUUCUUCAUCAGGCACAAUGCCACCAACAGCCUCCUGUUCUGUGGCAGGUUCUCGUCUCCAUAAGGGGGGCACUUACUGUGUGGGACCAUUUGCCUGCUUCAGUGCCCCUUCCCUGCCCCCUACGGCCCUAAGGAAGCCAUGUUCCAAGGUGACGCUGUUUCUUUCCGUGAGGACAGUCUCAUGAUGUCCACCUCAGCUAACCCCACCCUCACCAUCUCAGCUCCAUGGCUGCGGCUGCGUGGACGCCUUCUCGUUAGGAUGCAGGUAAUUCCCGCAGCCUAGCCUGCAGUCCAUCCCACCCAUCGCAAUGCAGUGUAUGCUAGUCACACUGUCCUCGCUUCAAUGUCAAAUUGUGUCACACACUUGCCCUAACCUGUUUGAGUAGCAACAAAUGCUGCCAGAAUUAUGGCUGCUAACAGUUUUCCUGGUGACAAGAAUUUAGUACACAUUUUAACCUUAUGUUUCUUUGACAUUCAAUACCCAUCAGGUAUGUUCCCAACACUGUCAUAAGCUUGGGAACAUUGAUGGGCAGAAUUGUGGCCCUCUAAUAUUAAUAUGCUUUCAAUUUAUCUAGAUGGGUUUUUUUUUGACCAUUUAAUGUCUCUAAACUUAACACAUGGUCUUAUAGAGGCCAUACCUUUGUUCAUGAUACUGUAUUGCUUUACCACCAACUCUCUAACAGUUAAAUUCAUUAAGUCCUCAAAGUUCAUCUCAGAUGUCAUCUUCCAGAAAUUUUUCAUUUUCUCCCUAAGUAGAUGUUUGUCUUGAACCUUCAUUGGCCCACUCAUGGUGGUUAUAUCUCCUGGUCUUUUACACUCUUACGUCCCCAACUAGACCUCAAGGUCACCAAGGCUCAGGAUUACAUCUUAUAUGACUAUGUGCUACCUAUGGUUCUAUGGUGAGUGAUGUCAUUAUGUAAGGCUGCUGCAACUUUUAUUAAUGGUUGGAUAUGACCUACUAUUGUGCCUUAUAUGAUAUAUAUAUAUGAUAUAUAUAUAUAUGUCAUAUAUUUUAUUGUGAUGAUAUUCUUGUAAUGAAAUCAGUGGUUUUAAAGGAAGCACUUUACUACCAGUCAGUGCACUGUGGAGCAGUGCUGUGCCUUUCCCACCUUUACCUAAUAAAAAAAAAUCACUCCAUUAAGAAGUGAAUCCCCAUUCUUCCCUCCAGCCGUCACUACCACCAAUCUGUUUCUUGUCUGGAUUUACCUACUCUGGAUAAUUCAUAUAAAUCCAGUGAUGUAAUGUAUCCACCUUUAUAUGUGGCCUUUUCAACUCUGUGCAAUUUUUUUUUCAUGAAUCAGUAAUUCAUUCCUUUUUAUGGUUGAAUAAUAUUCUAUUGUAUAGACAUGGCAUAACUUCAUUCGUUCACUUUUAGUGCUGCUAGGAACACACAUGUAAGUGUGCUUGCCUGAAUACCCAUUUUCCAUUAUUCUGAGUAGAUAACACAGCUAGGAAUGGACUUGAUGGUGAUAUGGUAAUAAGGAAAUAAGGCCAACUAUUGACAAAUGGGACUACGUGAAAUUAAAAAGCUUUUUACAGUUGGGGCAAGGGAGAGGGAGACUAAGAGUGAACAUUUUUAUUAAAAAAAUCAAUCAAUAAAAAAUAAGCUUUU